CUUUGGAAGUAGUGAAGGGGGGGAUUAAAUUGAUUUGGGCUCACACUCCACUAAAAAUGCAAUGGCGGCAAUAUUUGAAGGAAAGACGUGUCAAUUAUUGUGCUUUUCCUAAAGAUUUGUCUAUUCGUUGGAAUAGUACUUAUAACUUAAUUCAAGUACUUAUUAGAUAUAAAGAUCAUUUUCCUGCUUUUUUAAGGCAAACUUGUAACUAUAUUAUAAACCCGUCUGACAUCGACACUUGUGAAAAAAUUGUUAAUGUUUUGGUAUAUUUUAAUAACGCAACUCAAACUUUUAGUCAUGUUUAUAAACCUACCGCAAACGAGUUUU